CCUCCCUGACACAGGGACCUGGACCUGCUCUGCCCUGCCAGAGGCAGCCAUGGUGCUCCUGCUGCUGCUGCCCCUGCUGUGGGGGGGGUCCCUGCAGCAGCUGCCAGGCUAUGAGCUCCAAGUGCAGGAAUCGGUGACAGUGUUUGAGGGUCAGUGUGUCCACGUGCCCUGCUCCUUCUCCUACCCGAGGAGUUCGUGGUCUUCCUCUAGCAAAUUCUACACCUACUGGUACCGGGACGGGGACAACACAGCCUAUGAUGCUCCUGUGGCCUCGAGCAACUAUAAUAAACCAGUGAAGAGAGAGACCAAAGUCCGAUUUCUCCUCCCGGACCCCAGGACCAACGACUGUUCCCUGCACAUAAGAGACGCCAGGAGGAGCGACACAGGACGCUACUUCUUCCGAGUGGAGAUAGAAUAUCCUGAAUAUAAUUACCAAGGACAUUUCCAAGGAUAUAAGUCCCAAGGAUAUAGUUACCAAGAUAAAAUGUUGGAUUUGCAGGUGGCAGCCCUGACAGAGAAACCCCACAUCCGUGUACGGGAGCCUCUGGAGUCCGGCCGCCCCACACAGCUGGCCUGCAGCCUUCCAGGGGCCUGUGAAGGGGGACGACCUCUCACCUUCUCCUGGGCGGGAGCCGCUGUGGACUCGCUGGACCCCCAGAACCUCAGCUCCUCGGUGCUCUCCUUCACCCCGAGGCCCGGGGACCAUGGCACCAACCUCACCUGUCAGGUGAAACGGGAAGGGUCCCAGUGGACCACACAGAGAACCAUCCGGCUCGAUGUCUCCUCCUUCAAGAAUCUACAAACCACAUCCCUAACCAUCCUGGAGGGAGAGGCCCUGAGGCUGCGCUGUGAGGCUGACAGCAACCCCCCUGCCGAGCUGAGCUGGUUCCGGGGGUCCACAGGCCUGAACACCACCCCCCUCUCCAGGACCGCGAUCCUGGAGCUGCCUCGCGUGGGGCCUGCACAGGAAGGAGAGUUCACCUGCCAAGCUCGGCACCCGCUGGGCUCCCACAGCGUCCCUCUCAACCUCUCCGUGUUCUGCAGCACACACUCCAGCAGAUGCAUGACCGAGGACCAGCAGGGCUCCUGGCCCCUGGUCUUCACCCUGAUCAGAGGGGCCCUCAUGGGGGCUGGCUUCCUCCUCACCUACGUCCUCACCUGGCUCUACUACACCAGGUGAG